UUACAUUGCUAUAUAAUGAAGAGGACAGGGCAAUACAUAUGAUAUUCUGGCUGAAGGCUAACAAAGGAAUUGUUAACAAUCCAGAAACAAGACGUGGUCAGAAUUGUGAAUGUGAGUCAGAUUCAAAUUACAGAACUGUUACACUACGACGCCAACCAGUUGGGGGAUUAGGUCUAAGCAUCAAGGGUGGUGUGGAACAUAAAGUGCCUGUGGUCAUAUCAAAAAUUUUUAAAGACCAAGUAGCUGAUCAAACAGGAAUGCUGUUUGUAGGAGAUGCAGUGUUACAGGUAAAUGGAAUUAAUGUAGAAAAUUCAACUCAUGAAGAAGUGGUACACCUCCUGCGGAGCGCUGGGGAUGAAGUAACCCUCACUGUUCAGUACCUGAGGGACGCUCCAUCAUUUCUAAAGCUCCCAUUAGGUUCUCCAGGACCAUCAAGUGACCACAGUAGUGGAGCCUCUUCCCCACUUUUUGACAGUGGCUUACAUCUUAAUGGGAAUUCCAUGAAUACAGCACCAUCAUCACCUUCUUCACCCACAACUAAUGAACCAAAGUUUGAAAAGCGCUGGCUCGACACCUUAUCUAUCCCUCUGUUGAUGGCUCGAGUCUCAAGAUACAAAGCUGGAACAGAUAAAUUAAGGCCUAAUGGUUUUGAAGUGCUUGCCUUAGACGGAGUGAGUAGUGGAGUUCUUCAGUUUUGCACAGCAUCUGAAACCACAGACUGGCUACGAGCAAUAUCAACAAACAUCAAUGACUUAACACUACAAAACAUGAAAAUGGCGAAUAGAUGCUGCUCUGCCAAUGACCAGAUUAUUCAUAUGGGUUGGGUCAGCGAAAGGAUACAAGACACUGAUUCUUCACACCUAUACAAAUUCAAAUUUCUGGCAUUGAAAGGCUCUUCGUUGUACAUAUUCUGCAACCCACCGGUUGGUACAAUGGACUGGGUACGAGCAGAAAUAACACAUAACCUCUGUGAGGUUCUUUUCAAGGUUCAUAAGCUCUGGAUCACCGAAGACUGCUGGCUGCAAGCAAACCUUUAUUUAGGACUUAAGCAGAAUUGUAAACUGCAAGACCAUAGACCGUACUGUUUCAGUGUGAUGGCUGGACAUGGAAAAAGCCAUUACUUUAGUGUUGAGCUGGGUAGCGAUCUAGCAGUGUGGGAAAAAUCAUUUCAAAAAGCAAUUUUUAUGGAAGUUCAAAGAACUGGGUCGAAGACAUACACAUGUAGUUCACAAGGAAAAUUGUUAAGUUUUACAAUUGAUUUUGCAACUGGUUUUACUUGCAUUGAAAACAGCACAAAGAAUGUUCUUUGGAAGUACAAGUUUUCACAGUUGAAAGGCUCUUCUGAUGAUGGAAAGACACGCGUGAAACUUCUUUUCCAAAAUACAGAUACCAAACAAAUUGAAAUGAAGGAGGUAGAAUUCGCUGACCUAACAGCUGUCCUGCAUUGUAUACAUUCUUUUAUUGCAGCAAAAGUGGCAGCAGUAGAUCCAUUGUUCAUGGAUAAUCAAAGUGUUGCAAGAAAAUACAUGUAUAACAGCUAAUAAGUAAAAAUGGACUUUUUCAUUGUGAUAUUCUUAGAUAAUGGUUUUAUGCACAUAACAUUCAAUUGUAUUUUUAUAUAAAACAUGAAAAACUAACAACAUAAAAUCUGAACUCACAAUCAACAAAAACCUGUCACUUUUGAGUAGUGUUUCUUGUCAUUUGGAAUUUACUUAACUUGCCACAUGUAUAAAAAAUGCUUGGAUUAUAAUGUAAUAAGAACAUUUUUAUAAAUAAGACAAAUGCUUGCUAAAAUUAAACAAAUAAGAUUACAUUUUAAAGGUUCCAUUUAAGACUGGCAAAAAUUAUGCAUUUUUUUCACAGUAUUCUGUAUAAGAAUACCACCAAAAUCUCCUUGUGUUGUAUUUAGUUUUAAACAUUGCAAUAUGUUUGGCAAAAAAAUUAUUUUUUUAUUUUUUUAUUUUUUUUAAAGCAAGGAUUACAAUAUACAGUCUAGUACUGUGUUCACUACUUUUCUUCAUUGGUACAGUGUUGGAUUCUUGCUUGCAAGCAUUUUUUGUUAUAUUAUUACCAUUAAUACUCUUCAUUUUGCAUAGCAAUUAAUGGAACUGGUAUGCAAUCACAGUACACCAUAUUCUUCAGACGUUUUUGCAGCUUAAGAAAAUUUUUUGCACAUCUGUUUGAAUAAAUAUCUAUUUAUUUA